UCUUACGUUUGUUUGCUCGGUUUAGAGGAAAGGAAUAAGGAUCAAGGUGAGAGGACAAAGUGGCAUUUUAACUGGAAAUUCCUGGUUUCCUGGAUCUUAAAGUAUAAAUACUUCCCAUGCACUGACCUAUUCACUCUUCACUUCAAUAACUAAAUCCAAAGAGAAGAAUCUGUUGUUGUUUUAUUUUAAAUUGGGGCCAUAUUAGACAGUGACGGUGAGAUGAUACAACAAAGCUCCCCAGCUGGACUCAAUCCAGGAACAGUGCAGUUUAUGGUCGAUGUUUUAACCUUAUAACACAGAUGUGCCUCAGUAUGUCUCCAUUCUUUAUAUAAAGAAACAAUUCAGUGGUAGUGACACUGAUCGCUACAGCAACAAGUCAAGUUUAUUUGUCUCGUCCUUAUAUAGAAUGAGGCCAUGUUAAGUUGUAAUGAGAGCAUAAGAAAUACAUUAAUGAUGAAACAAUGGCACCUGGCUGGAAUGACGCGCAGCAAAAACUACUUGUACAAAGACUUCAAUUGUUAACGUGACUCCAUCGUUCCUAAUGACUCCUAAUCCAGAUGUUUCUCCCAUCUUUCCUCUUAGGUGGUCCUCCAGACAAAGACAGCGCGAGAGCCAGUGGGCAUUAAUCUCAUCCACCUAACUCUGCAAGAUUAACACAGAUUACCAGACAUGACCAGAGGUAGGCCUGAGACUCUGGACUAAUCAAUCCUCCUUCGCAAACUCAAUCCCUCCCGGAGAGGUGGAGGAACAGGUUGAAGAACGAGAUGUGCCCUGAGAGUGGGACUGAUUAGUCGCAAAAUCCGCAGGAUAAGACUUAAACAUUUAUCUUUAUCCGGGGGAGGAAACAAACAGAAACAGGACACGGGGCGAGAGAGAGUUGUGAUGGCAGCAGUAGGACGGGGUAGAGAGGAAAUGUGUGGAGUCAAACGUCUCGCCUGGCUCGUGCCAUAACAUCGGGAAGAAAGGAAGAUCCUGGGUUUAAAUCUGAUGAACUACUUUUCCUCGUGAUGCUGAUUUUCUUUUGGAGGAGAGCUGGAGUUCCUCCCACACAUCUGUCUCUCCUUCUUUUUUACUCGGCAGACGUGAUUUAAUCCCAGCACUUCAUCUUCCUCCACUCCACUGUCCUCUGACCUCCACUCAUCGACUGUUUGUCUUCCUUAAACCCCACCCUUCCUCAAUCUCUCCACUCAACCUCUUUUUUUUAUCUUCCCCUUUGACCUUCGUUCUACUUCUCAAACAUCCCUAAUCCCCUUUCCUCGCUUUCUCUCUCUUUUCUCCUCCCUAUACCAUUCUCCAUGAAUCAGUCCCAAUCACCACAACAACCUUUCACACCCAACAACAUAAACUCGCUGGACUUCUUGUCGCGGUGUCACGGAAACCCUCUCUCUCAUCUGAUCCUCGUCCUGAUUGGUCAGCAGGCUCUUCGCAGCCGUGUUUGAACCAGGAUCAGCCUCAGAGCCGAAGUUCAUUUUCCUCUCUGUCUCUGAGUGUCUCUGAGCCGAGAGGCAGCCAUGCUGGAGAAUAUGUCCAGACGUAACCGCUCCCUGCUGUCCCUGUCCCUCACCUCUCUGGCCCUCACCCUGUCCGUCUCGGCCUUCUGCACCUCCUACUGGUGCGAGGGGACGCACAAGGUGGUGAAGCCGCUCUGCCUGUCGCCGGUCAAGAUGAAGAACUGCGGGCAGAACAACAGCCAACCGUACACCACAGAGGCCCCCACCCCAGACCCCAGGAACCCGGCCUCCAAUGUGACACUGUCUCCACAGCAGAAAGAGGAGCUGGCCAGGAUCAAGAGGAAGCAGCUGGCCAACGCUGUCCACUACAUCUGGGAGACGGGCGAGGACAAGUACAUGCUGCGUUACUUCCACACCGGCUUCUGGCUUUCCUGUGAGAAGCACAACGAAGGAGAAGAUCAGGAAGAAAAAUGUCGAAGCUUCAUUGAGCUGACGCCAGGAGAAACUCAAGGCGUCCUCUGGCUCUCUGUCAUCAGUGAGUUCAUGUACAUCGGUCUUCUGGCCAUGGGCUUCCUGCUGAUGUGCGUGGAAGUGAUUUGCCUAUGUGCCAAGAGGGAGAUGAACGCCCUCAAGAUCAAUGCCUUUGCCGCCAUGUGCACCGUCCUCUCAGGUAUGAUGGGGAUGGUAGCACACAUGAUGUACACCACAGUGUUUCAGAUGACUGUCAGCAUCGGACCCAAAGACUGGAGGCCACAGACCUGGGACUACUCAUGGUCCUUUGCCAUGGCGUGGCUGUCAUUCAGUUGCUGCAUGGCAGCCGCUGUGGCCACAUUGAACUCCUACACAAAGACCAUCAUUGAGAUGAAGCACCGGGCUCGGGUGAGGCUGGAGGAGGCCCGAGCUGUCGCCCGCGCCCCUUCCUAUGAGGAGGUCGUUCGAGCUGGUGGUGGAGGGGUUUACUCCGUCAGCCAGCUGAUUCAGCUUGGCCAGGAGGGGGCGCUCAUGGACCCACUGUGGCCCAGAGGAGUGGGACCAGCUGUCGGACCUCUGGCAUGUGGAGCUGGGGGAGCGCUGCUCGUCAGUGGAGGAGGGAUUGGAGUUGGAGGGAUGGGAAUGGGAGGAGUUGGAGUGGGAGGAAUGGGAGCCAUGGGUGGGGUUGGAAUGGGAGUGGGAACAGUGGGAGCAUUGGGAGGAGUAGGAGUAGUUGGGGUGGGUGUGGGAAGGCUGGUGGACCCUCAUGGUAUGGUGGUGGUGGAGGGAUGCGGCGCUGAAGGAUGUGAAGACUGUGAACGGGAGAUGGACGAGAUAGAUUACGCUCUGCAGGAUGAGAGAGAGGACUCCCUCUGCUAAGAUUUUGGGGAGCAGAAAACUUUGAUGAAGAUCUCAUCCAGACUGGAUCUACACAUAAUAUUUGACUGAAACUAUACUUCAAGACUACAAGACUUGAACACGUACCACACCUACCUUUAUAUAUGUGCUGUUUUAAAUGGGUUUCAAUUGUAACGCAGUGCAUUUUGAGAUUGUUUCUAGACUGUUCACGACCACUAGAGGGCAUAGAGACUCUAAAACAAACUCAGACUCACAGCUCUCAUACACUGUUGGAUUAACAAGCUGCUCUGGCAAACAAGCUAGCAGAGAAUUGAGAACAUUAUUGUCCCAUUGAUGUGUUUCUGGCCACCUGUUGAAUUUAAGCCCAUUGAUCACUCUCAGUUUAACUCUGGUUUGGUCUCCACCAGCAGAGAAAUCUUCAUACAGCGGCAGGUAGCGUAGAUUUGUCUCGGUUUAUUUCAGCUUGUUUGAUUGAAACAGUGAUAUAAGGAGAGUUUGUGACAACAGUGAGACUCUAGAGUCAAUGUGCAACAGAAGAACUAAAACAACUGCCUAAAAGAAGCAAAAAUCUGCAGAGGUGUGUGUUGAUUCUCAUUGGGUUUGGUACUACUAGUGACUCAGCUGUGCUAACAACUUUUCUGGUAAAGUUGUCAAUGUUUUUAAACUCAAUUCCAUGUUUUUCUCUUUGCUUCUUUUUUUAAUGACAAUGUACUUUUAAUUGUAAAAGAUUUUUAAAUCUUUUAAAAGGGCCAAAAGGCGAUAAUGUGAGGUAGAAGGCUGUCUACUCUGAUUUUAUAUUCUGUUGAAAUCCUGUUAAUACUUGUAUCAGUACUUUUUGAGGACUUUUUUUUAUCAUGUCUUAGGCUGGCUACAACAAAUUUGCUAACAAUAGGUUUAACAAUAUCAAUCAGCAAAUUAAAAAACAAUCUUAGUUUUCUUUCUUUGUGUAAACACAGCCUUGAAAUGACAACUUCAGGGAUGAUGAGAUUAAAGUUUUACAAGAGAAACAUUUGGUACUUGUAAUUGUGGACUGGAAUAUGAUAUUGUUCACAUUUUUGUUUUUUAUUCAGUGUUUGCAUAAAUGGAUGGAAAUCCCCUUUCGUAUGGUGAUAAAUAAAAACAAACCACAAACUGCA